AUGCGGAUCACGCCGGUGGCGGCGAUGGGGAUUCUGCUUGGCGUCGAGCCUCUCGAUCGGGUGGUGUUGGCGGCCGCGGCCUACCGCUUAAGGUGUGAAUCAAGGUGGAAGACAGGAGCCUUCCACACGAAAUUUUCUGAGAGAAUCCUAUCAGGCACCAUUUUUGCAAUGAGACAGGAUAGGAGGCCGGUGAUUCGUACCUUCGAAAGAAGGUACAGGAUAAGCUUCCCCGGGCGCUGGGAGUGGAACGGCUCUAAGGGACCGAUCCCUCGGGAAGGGGACGUCUGGUUCACGGACGGCUCCAGAACGAGUGCGGGCUCCGGAGCUGGUUUUUACUGUCAGCGCGACCGGGCAGAAAUCAUCAUUCCGCUUGACGAACACGCUACGAUUUUCCAAGCGGAGGUAUUAGCCAUUAUGAGAUGUGCCCAGAACCUAUUAGAGUCUGAUAGGGUGGGAAGGCGCAUCUGGAUUUGCUCGGACAGUCAGACGGCGCUUAAGGCGCUUAAGGGUCCAAGAAUUAACUCGCGACUAGUCUGGGAUUGGAUCAAGGGCAACGAAAUAGCGGACCUGCUUGUUAAGGAGGCGGCCGAAACAAGACUGUUGGGACCUGAGCCGGCUGUUGGGAUCUCCUUCUGUCUGGGCAGAGGGAGAAUCAGGAGCUGGCUCCGGGACCAGCAUCUUGAAUACUGGACGAAUGAAACAGAGGGCAAAUGCAGACAGGCUAGGGACCUGCUGGGGAAGUACCCCAGCAGGGACCUGACCAGGGGCAUAAAAUCUCUAGGUAGGAGGGACGCUAGGCUCGCGACACAACUGCUCACGGGCCAUGGCGACCUUAAUUACCACCUGCACAAAUUGGGUCGUAGCGAUACGCCCGACUGCAGGUUGUGUGGUGAAAAGGAGGAAACUAGCCUCUACAUUCUUGGGGACUGCCCAGCAUUGGUCGGACCAAGAACACGCCUGCUGGGGUCAGGGUUUCUGGAACCAAGCCAGGUGAGGCAGCUGCCGGUGGGGGAUCUGCUCCGCUUCUGGAAAGAAGCGGCGCCCCGCUAG